AUGAUUGCCAAACCAAUGUUGUCUUCGAUGUUCCGACAAGCUGCCCGCCCCGCGGUAUUUGCCUCCAAAUUCUCGACCCCUCGAUUCUCCCUCAUCGCAUCCAGAUAUCUUUCUACAGAAGUUCGCAAGCAGAUUGAUCAAGUUGUUGGUUCAAAGCCAGUUGUUCUUUUCAUGAAAGGCACACCAGAAAACCCAAUGUGUGGUUUCUCAAAGGCAACUAUUCAGAUCUUGAGCCUGCAAGGCUUGAACCCAGAGAAGUUUGCUGCUCUUAACGUACUUGAAGAUGAAGGUUUAAGACAAGGAAUCAAAGAAUACUCCGAGUGGCCAACCAUACCCCAACUUUAUGUCAACAAGGAAUUCAUCGGUGGAUGUGAUAUUUUGGUCGCAAUGCACCAGAAUGGAGAACUAGCAAAGGUUUUGGAAGAAAACAAGGUCUUGGUUGAGGAUUCAUCAUAAAACCUCCCGACCACCUCGAAGACUUUGAUAUGUACAACAAUGGAGGUGAGGGAAGAGAAGAUUCACUGCGCAACGCAGUUAACCUUUCUAAGUAUACCAUGGCUCAUGAGGAAUGAGUAGACAUACGAAGCAGAUCUGGUAAUAUAAUGAUGAUUUUCACGAUAUCUUGGGGAAUAUAAAGGAUAAUAAAUAUGUGUACAUCUCAUACAAGUAUUGAAGUACCCGUGAGAAGUUUUCAUUUGUAUACCAGGUCAGCACUUGUGUGCUUUUCGAUCAAUCCCAAGGAUGAAUUCUUAGGAAGGCUUCACAUCUAGAAUGAGAAUUCUUCAUUGAUAU